AUGUCUUCAAAAGCCACUGAGGAUGGAACGGGCAGCACGUCUGUCGAGCGUCGUAUUGAUGCAGCCAUCAAGGUGGACCGAUGGGAACUGCGGGAGGACACCCUGCCGGUGGGCAGCCAGGUGCUUGUGAGCGAGACGCUCUUCUCUCUCGGCAACGGCCUCGUCGGCGUGCGUGGGCAUUCAGAGGAGACGCAGGUGGGCCAGAACGUCCACGAGCGACACCACGCCCCCACUAGAAGUCAGCGUGCGUAUAACAACAAUCGCCGAGGUGGUGAUAUACUGCCAGACAAAGGGAGGAAGCGAUCUCCAGCUUCGGUAGGUGGAAAGGACUGGCACCACUCGCACGAGCAUGGAGACCGCAAUGGUGGCAGUAGUGCCAAUAGCCCCUUUGGACUGCGAGGAGUGUAUUUCUCCGGGUUUUAUGAGCAGCGUCCGCUCAUGCAACCACAUUCCUUCUCCGUUGGCAUUUCCACCAAGGAGGGCUACCGCCUGCGCACGCCAGACGCCUUUUGUGUUGACGCGUUCCUCAGCGGUGAGCACAUUAGCGCUGCACAAGGCACCACACAGUGUCACACUCGUCGCCUCGACCUGCGCACGGGGGAGCUGCAUCGCCGAUUUGUCUGGUUCUCCAACCUGCAGCACCGCGAGAUUACCAUCGAGUCUCGGCGCUUCGUUUCAGCGGCGCGCAAGAACAUCUCCGCUAUGCACUACAAGAUGAGUGUGCGAAACGCGCACAACACCGACGUGCGCCUCAUCUCGCGUACGCUCCUUUCAGCAGUCGAGUACGACGUCGAGGCGAUGUUCACUCAGUCGAACAUUCAAGACUCCAUGAGUGUCGUGCUCGUGCGAACGCGUAAUAGCUGCCGUCAUCUCGCCAUCGCCUCUGUCGAGACGUGCACAUCGCGCUCCUACUCUGCUGGGACGCAGCGCUUCCCAUCUAUGGACACCAGCUCCACCACUCAAGGCGCGGUCAGCAGUGAUCCGGCAUUCAUGACAUCUCCAUCUGGUGCUGGCCCGUCGAGCAGUGUCUCGCCAUCGAGCCCAGCGGUCGUGUCUCCGACAACUCUCACGCCAAGCAGCCGCACUACAGAGUGGGGGACAGAAGCUUCCUACACGAGCUGCAUCUCCGACGGUGUUAUUAUCGAGCUUGUUAAAAUUAUCGGUCACUUUGGCGACGAAGAUGCGACGACAGAGGAAUUGCUUGAUGUGGCGACGCAUCAGACCCGAGAGGUGGCAGCGCUCGGCUACGAGGAGCUGCUGGCAGAACACUGCUACGCCAUGAGCGCCUUCUGGGAUACAGCGGACGUGCGAGUGGAGCCGAAGGCUGAUGUACAGGGUGCAUUCCGCUUCAACAUCCUGCAGACCUAUAUGUCGACCAGCGGGGAUCCGUACUACUGCUUCCCGACCCGUGGUCUGACGGGAGACAUGCUCCUGGGUGUGCAGCAGUGGGAUGUGGACGCGCUGAUCGUGCCGUUCCUUUCCCAUGCGUGUCCAAAGAAGGCGCGCGCGUUGCUUGAGUUCCGGAUUCGCACGCUGAACGAGGCGAAGGACAUUGCGGCGGACAUGUCUCUGCCCCGCGGCGCUCUGUAUCCCUAUCGCACCGUGACAGGAGAGAGGAACCCCACGCCGUACUGCGGCGCGUUUCUCUUCGUGAACGCCGUCGUCGUCUACGCGCUGAGGGAGUAUGUGACAGCUACAAGCGACACUAGCAUUCUCGUGCAAGGUGGUGCGGACCUCAUCUUCACGACGGCGCUUGUCUGGCUGCAGUGGGGCACGUGGGAGAAGGGCCUGUUUCACUUGCGCUCCGUGUCGGGCCCCGACACGUACAAUGAUGUUGCCGACAACAACUUCUUCACGAACUUGAUGGCGCAAAUGCAUCUGCAGUGGGCCGUGCAGCUGGCGGUGAUGCUGCGGCAGGAGAACCCGGAGAUGUGGUGCGGCAUUAUGCAGCGAGCGCAGAUGACGGAAAAUGACAUCAUAGCGAUGGACCAAGCGGCAACCAAGAUGGUACUGCCCUUCGACGGCACCUAUCGUAUUCACCCAAUGGACCAGUCUUUUAUGCGCAAGAAGCGCUGGGGCCUCACGUCGCUCAAGGACGGCGCGGGGGGCCCGCUGAUGUCGCUCUACCACCCGACAGUGGUGUAUCGGCAUCAAGUGUGCUGCAUACCGGAUGUGCUACUGGCAAUUAUGCUCGCACCGGACAGGUUCUCAUUGGACGAGGCAAAGGCAGACUUCACGUUUUAUGAAGCGGUUACCGCCUCGGAUGCGGCGCUACGGCUCGCCAUCUUCAGCGUGGUGGCGGCGCAGCUACGGCUGCCAAACAAGGCGAUGCGCUACUUUCACGACGCACUGUUUGUUGACAUUGAUAACCUCAUCGGCAACUCCGGCGGUGGUCUCCACUGCACCGCGGCGGCGGGGUCGUGGAGUUCCAUGGCGGUGGGAAUCUGUGGAUUACGCGUGGCACAGGGUGUGCUGCACUUCAACCCCAUGCUGAGUGAGGAAAUGGAUGAGUUCGAAUUCCACGCGCGGCACCGUGGCUGCCUCGUGCGCGUCCUGGUGACGCAGAGGCUUGUGACAUACACACUAGUCAGCGCCCCAGACAGCGUGACGGACCUCAUGCUGGUUCACGCCGGUGCAAACCGCAUCACGCUGCGACUGAAUCACCCCGAGACGGUGCGGCUUUUCAGGGAGGUGCGUGUGUUCGACUUUGACUGCGUCGUCUUUGAACUGGAUAGCGUCGUCAAGGAUAUUGAGGACGUUCACUACCAAGCUUGGACACAAACAUUGGAGGAGCACUUUCAUCAGCACGGCUUUUCGGACUUUUCUAUGACGAAGGAGCUGUACCUUGCUUAUCUGCGCCACGUGAAACCCUUCUACGGGCUAAACGAGAUUUUUAAGAAGUACAACCAUCCGCCGCCGCUGACUGGGGAGGUUGAUGACACAGCAGAGUCGAACACCCUCUACGGCCUGUGCCACCGCAAGCUACAACUGUUCCGCUCUUACGCGACGACGCACGGCAUGCCGAUGCGCGAGGGUGUUCUACAGCUCAUUUCCCUUCUUCGCCAGUACGGGAUCGCCGUCGGGUGCGUUAGCGGUAGCAAAAAUGCGCGCUGGGUCGUCAACGAAACCACCAAAGGCAGCUCCAUCUUCGACAGCUUCCUGGAAGGCAAAGAGGGUGAGUCGCUGGGGCUGCGUUGGCGUCCCGAGAUGGACUACUUUGAGGCCUGCGCACACCGCAUGGAUGCAGCGACAAAUCGCGCGGUCGUGGUGAUGGACGGCAUCGAUGGCUUUUCCAAGAAGGCGCUGGAGCGCUUCCGCAUGGUCAUUGACGUGAGUCCGGUUCCUGAGGAGACGACGUUGGCCAUCCCGAGAGUGCUCGCGAAGAACCUGGGCGACAUUACUAUGGAAACACUGAACGAGUACACUGUCCGUGGCAGGGUUGUCAACCAUCUGCGUGAGAUGUAG